CAUUAGUGUAUGUAAGAUUAAUUAUCCCAAUAUGUAAAAAAUGUGAUAAUCUGUUAACGCCAAAUUAACACGCACUGAAUCGCUGACUGUAGAGCAGAAAUUCUAUUUCUAAACUAUUUUAUGAUCAAAACGAUGACGAUGAUGGCCGUGACAAUAGAGCAUACUACGCAAUCCAUAAACAACAUGGCGGAUGAACAAGUGAAGGAGACGAGCGACUUGCCCGUGGAGGAGGAACAGAAGGAGACUCCGAUGGAGAUGGAGCUGACCGCCCCGGCGGAGACCGAGGAACCGGCGGCGGCGGCGGCACCACCUGCCGAACCCCCGGCAGAGGACGCCACCGUCCCCGCCGCUGCGCCGGAGCCGACAGCCCCGGAAGCAGCGCCUGAGGCUCAGGCGUUACCGGAUGCGGACGUCGCCUCGGCAACGGAAGCGGUUGCCAAGAUUGAGGAGCCGGAGGCGGCGGAGGGGAAGGAGAGAGAUGCGGCGGCGGCGGCGGCGGAGAACGGGACGGGGGAGACGCCGGCGGACAAUGACAGUCAGGAGGAGAGCGCGAAGGAAGCUGUCGCUGAAAACGUUGAGGUGACGCGUCCGCCACGAUUCCUGUCUCUUUUUGUGAAUGGGGAGGAACUCAUGACGGCGGGGAGGUCAAAGUGGCAGUGGGGAAGGUCAGAUAUCAGACAUUUCUGA